AGCCCGCCUCCGUGAAAGACGGCCGGGCGCAUGCGGCCGGGCUGGUUCACUGGCUGCCCGGGGCCCAGCGCGCGCGUCGCACACCUAGAUCCUUAGCCGACGGCAGGCCUGGAAGCCGGCUUCAGGUAGGCUGACUCCAGGGAUCCUGGGGGAACUGUUCUGCCGUGCAGGAAUCGGCGGCGCUAGCUGAACCCGGCGCGGGACAGCCACACCGCCGGCUGAUAGACACCGCUCCCACCAAUCAAGGGUCAAAAAGUAAAAUGAAGUACAUUCUAGUUACUGGUGGUGUUAUAUCAGGAAUUGGAAAAGGAAUCAUCGCCAGCAGCGUAGGCACGAUACUGAAAUCAUGCGGUUUACAUGUAACUUCAAUUAAAAUUGACCCAUACAUUAACAUUGAUGCGGGAACAUUCUCUCCUUAUGAACAUGGCGAGGUUUUCGUGCUGGAUGAUGGUGGGGAAGUAGAUCUUGAUCUAGGGAACUAUGAGCGGUUCCUAGACAUCCGCCUCACCAAGGACAAUAAUCUGACCACUGGAAAGAUCUACCAGUACGUCAUUAACAAGGAACGCAAAGGAGAUUACUUGGGGAAAACCGUCCAAGUUGUCCCUCACAUCACAGAUGCAAUCCAGGAGUGGGUCAUGAGACAGGCGUUAAUACCCGUGGAUGAAGACGGCCUAGAGCCUCAAGUGUGUGUUAUUGAGCUCGGUGGAACGGUGGGAGAUAUAGAAAGCAUGCCCUUUAUUGAGGCCUUCCGUCAGUUCCAGUUCAAGGUCAAAAGAGAGAACUUUUGUAAUAUUCACGUCAGUCUAGUCCCUCAGCCAAGUUCAACAGGGGAGCAGAAAACUAAACCCACCCAGAAUAGUGUUCGGGAACUUAGAGGGCUCGGGCUUUCUCCAGAUCUGGUUGUGUGCAGGUGCUCAAAUCCUCUGGACACAUCGGUGAAGGAGAAAAUAUCCAUGUUCUGCCACGUCGAACCUGAACAAGUGAUCUGUGUCCACGAUGUCUCAUCCAUCUACCGAGUCCCCUUGUUAUUAGAGGAGCAGGGGGUCGUAGAUUAUUUUCUCCGGAGACUUGACCUUCCGAUCGAGAGGCAGCCACGAAAAAUGCUGAUGAAGUGGAAAGAGAUGGCGGACAGAUACGAUCGCUUGCUGGAGACCUGCUCUAUUGCCCUCGUGGGCAAAUACACCAAGUUCUCAGACUCGUAUGCCUCUGUCAUUAAAGCUCUGGAGCAUUCUGCCCUGGCCAUCAACCACAAGUUGGAAAUCAAGUACAUAGAUUCCACGGACUUGGAGCCCAGCACCCUGCAGGAGGAGCCCGUACGCUACCACGAAGCCUGGCAGAAGCUCUGUAGCGCCCAUGGAGUGCUGGUUCCCGGGGGAUUUGGUGUUCGGGGGACGGAAGGAAAGAUCCAAGCCAUCGCCUGGGCUCGGAAACAGAAGAAGCCAUUUUUGGGUGUGUGCCUAGGAAUGCAGCUGGCAGUGGUUGAAUUUUCCAGAAAUGUGCUGGGCUGGCAAGAUGCCAACUCUACAGAGUUUGACCCUAAGACCAAUCAUCCUGUGGUCAUAGACAUGCCAGAACACAAUCCUGGGCAGAUGGGCGGAACCAUGAGGCUGGGCAAGAGGAGAACCCUGUUCCAGACCAAGAACUCGGUCAUGAGGAAACUCUACGGAGACCCGGAUUACUUGGAAGAGAGGCACCGCCACAGAUUUGAGGUGAAUCCAGUCCUGAAAAAGUGUUUGGAGGAGCAGGGCUUGAAGUUUGUUGGCCAGGAUGUUGGGGGAGAGCGGAUGGAGAUCGUGGAGCUGGAGGAGCAUCCCUUUUUCGUUGGAGUCCAGUACCACCCUGAGUUCCUGUCCAGGCCCAUCAAGCCUUCGCCUCCGUACUUUGGCCUUCUGCUGGCCUCCGUGGGGAGGCUUCCGCAUUACCUCCAGAAAGGCUGCAGGCUCUCGCCCAGGGACACCUACAGCGACAGGAGUGGAAGCAGCUCCCCGGACUCUGAAAUCACCGAGUUGAAGUUUCCGUCAAUAAAUCAUGACUGAUGAUGACGGAUGAUUCUUCCAGACAGCCUUCGGACUUGAGAGUUUACAGCUUUGAUUUUACACUCAGCUUUUGACACUUCCUUUAAAUUAUGUUUUUAUUAAGAUUAUUUUAUUAUGGGGGAAAGGUAUUUGGAAGACUCUGUGACUCGCAUGUCCCGUCCUGUGUAUCGGCUCCUACACAGUGCCGCCCCGUGUGGACGCCUCGUGUGGAAACCCCGUGUGGAAGCCUGGUGUGGACGCCCCGUGUGGUCCCCAAAGCUCUUGGCCGAGGAGCGAGCGGGUCCUCUGGGCAGGAGCGGAUGAUGCACGUGCCGGUGGAGCGCCCAUUGGUCACCUCGUUUCUCCAAACUACCUCCUGUCGUGGUGGAUCCAGGCGUGUAGCCCGUCGCCUCCCCUUGAAUGCCUAGACCGUGGGAAGUGUGUGCCACGCGGACCUAGUGCGUGCGGAGGGACGAUUCUGGCGAGUGCUCACGGCGGCUGGUGCUGGGAACCCCUGCUCUGCGGGGCCGCCCGCCGCCCGCCGUGACUGGUACUGUCGUCCAAAGGGAACGGUUAGUUUGGGGUCACGUGGAACAGCAGGUGGCCGGUCUCUCGGAAGCGUGGUUUCCGCAUCCCUGUGCUCUGGCCACACUUCUCUUCCUGGGGCUGGGAGAUACUCCUUGCAUCAAGGGGUUGCUUAAAAAAAAAAAAAAAAGAAAGAAAGAAAAAAGAACAGAAUCUUUUGGGGAAACUGCCUCUAAAACCCUCUCAUCUACAGACAGCUUUGCUUGAGGGGAUUUCUUCCUUCCAGAACGGUGUUAUUGUGGUUGAAAUGCAAUAUGGAAAGCUAUUUUCUUAACGUGACAUAACAGUAGGCACCGCCGUGUGCCCGUCCUAUUCUGGCUAGCCCCCGUGUAUACUCUAACUUAAGAAAUAAAUAAUGCAGAACGAG